UUUUUUUUUUUUAGAAAUGACUACUAAAUUUAACCAGGAACUAUACACAUAUAUCAAUGCAAAGAAAAAUGAGCCCUUUUCUAGCAUCGGUCAGCGGAGAGUAAGGGUUGUUAAGAAAGAGAAAGAGAAGGAGGUGACCAAGAAAGGUUCAUCCACCCCUACUUCGGAGGAAGGCCAAGCUGCUUCCCUGGUCGUUUCUAUUGAGGAGAUCAUUCCUCCUUUGAAGAAAUGUCAGAUGGGGGAUAAGGGAAAGGAUAAGAUGGGAGCCAGCGUCUGGGUUGACACAGGGAUGACUCUUGCUUAUGGUGAGCCAUCAUGUGCAGAAGCUCAUCCAGGUGUUAGGGAGACGAUGCACAUUACCUCCCAAUAUCUGCUAAAUGAGGAGAAGGCCGUGGUGGCCAAUUCUAAGGUGGAGGUGUUGGAGGCUAAGGGUUCUCACCUGAGAAGAGACUUGAUUGCUGCAAUGGACGACAACAAUGCAUCUAAGGAGAAGCUCAAGGCUUUGUCCGAGAUGCUCAAUGCGGAGAAGUUGCUGGUGAAGCAGAAGGUCGAGCAGCUUGUGGCGGCCAACUUGAAAAUGAAGAAUGCUAUGACCAAGGCCAUCCAUGCCUUUCAACUUACGGACGAGUAAAAUACAAACCUGUUCAACUGGUAUUAUAAAGUUUUGAGCUGCUGAGGAGAUACCUAGUGAAGCAUGGCCCAGGGACAGACCUAGAUGAUCUGGACUUUGAGGCUAUAAACAAAGAAAUAGAAGCUAAGGAGGCCACGCAGGCUGCUCAGACUUCUGUAGCUGUUGACGAGGAACCCCUAGUGCUUGAAAAGGGAGGGAAUGACGAUCCUGCUACCUAGCUUCUUUAUCUUUCUUUACACAUUUUUCUGUACUUUUUGGGUACCUCGCCUGUUUUGGGGUUUAUGAACAAUUUUCAGCUGGAACUCCUUUUAUAUAUAUUUAUU